UUGAUCUACAACUUGAUAACAAGACACCCGAAUAAUGAGAGGCGCCACUCAUGUGUUUGUUAUCACUUUGCUAAUCAAUAUCAACUAUUAACCUAGUCUUCCUCACAAUCAAAACCCCAAUAAUAUUGCAAUUUCUGCAAAACCAUUCUAGAACAAGAAUAGCUUUCUUAUCAAUACAAAUUCAAGUCCUUAAAAACCAUACAUGCUCAUAACCCUCAAAUUAUAGUUCACAUAGAAAGUUAAGUGCCCAACUCCCAACUCAAAAAAGCAAAGGAUCACAAUCAAAAUCAAUUGGAUUAUAUUUACAAGUUAAAAACUAAUCUCUCAAAGUGCCCAUAUAAACUUUCUAAUUGAAGUUGAAUCAGAAAACUAUCAAAUGAACGAAAAGCAAAGAUUGAAAAUUGUAUUGAAGAUUUGAUGGUGAAAUUGUUGUAAGAUUACUCUACAAGUCUGUUGUCUGUAGUCGAAUAAACAAUCCAAGGCCUUUUUUUAUGUAGUGGACUGUUGAGGAUUUCAUUCACCGACUAUCGCUUCUACUCGAUUGAAUAAAUCGUAUGCAAUUUACUUGUUUGGUCCGCAUGGAGGGUGUUUUUGUCAUUUGCCAGCUGUCAAUUGGUUCACCGCCAAACACCAGCAUCCAUAUAGCACCUUAUAAAUAUUCAUCUUCAUCCAUCUUUUCUCGCUCCAAUCAAGCGAAGAAAAAAAUGUCUGAACUAACAACCGCAGCAAGUCCGAGCAUACUACCGAUCUCCGACUCACCACCGGCUAUGGUUUCCGACGACGCUUCUUCGCUUCUCUCUACUCAAACAUUAGCAUUCUCCUCUGGAAACCCUAGAAUCGAAGAAACCCGUGGUGUCAUGCAUUUCUUUUCCAACGACGUCGAUUCUUCUUCUUCUGUUAAGAAACUCCCGGUUGGGAGAAAACCCCUUGUAUGUGUUCUGGGGGUUCCAAAUCACAUGACAUAUGCAGACUUUUGCCGGUUUUCUGGUUCUUUUAUUCAACAUAUGCUUGAAAUGAGAAUUGUCAGGAAUGAUGAAAUGGGGGAUAGGUAUAUUGUUCUUAUUAGAUUUGACAAUCAAGACUCAACGGAUGAAUUCUUCAAUCAUUUCAAUGGGAAAGUUUUUUCUUCCCUAGAGCCAGAGGCUUGUCAUGUGCUUUUUAUCAUUGAUGUGCAAUACACGGGUUCUAUUGAACAUAGACAAGCUUCUUUUGUGAAUUCAACGGAACAGCCAACAUGCCCAGUAUGUUUAGAGAGAUUGGAUCAAGAAACCAGUGGAAUUCUAACAACCAUCUGCAAUCAUUCCUUCCACUGUUCCUGCAUCUCAAAGUGGACAGAUUCAUCUUGUCCGGUUUGUCGAUAUUGCCAGCAGCAGUCUGAGAAGUCAACAUGUUUCAUUUGUCAAACCUCAGAGAAUCUGUGGAUUUGUGUUAUAUGCGGUUUUGUAGGUUGUGGAAGGUAUAAAGAGGAGCAUGCUUUUAUACAUUGGAAAGAAACACAGCACUGCUAUUCUCUGGACUUGGAAACCCGUCGUGUCUGGGAUUAUGUAGGUGACAAUUAUGUCCACCGUUUAAUACAGUCAAAAACUGAUGGGAAGCUGGUUGAGCUAAAUGUUCCAUGCUCACAUGAUACUGGUAUUAGUGAGGCUAUCUUAAGUAGUAAAGUUGAAGCUAUUGUGAAUGAAUAUAACGAACUUCUCUCCACACAGCUUGAGAAUCAAAAACUGUAUUUUGAAUCUUUGCUGCACGAGGUCAAAGAAGAAACUAAAAGAGAAGUAGCCAAAGCUGUGGACAAGGCUGUGAGUUUGAAAUUACAGAAAAUGCAAGCAAAAUUGGAUAGAAGCAUCCAAGAAAAGAAAUUUCUAAAUGAUAUCAAUGAAAAUCUUUCCAAAAACCAAGAAAUUUGGAAGGCGAAGAUACAGGAGGCUGAGAGAAGGGAGGAGAAAGCUUUGAGACUAAGGGAUGAUAAAAUACGAGAUCUAGAAGUACAGCUCAAAGAAUUGAUGUUACACCUUGAAGCAGGGCAAGCGGUGGAGCAACUAUCCAUUUCUGAUAAUGUGAAUGAUGGCAAUGAUUUAAAGGUAGGGAGUGAAUCCUCUGCCACUGGAAUCACCAAAUCUAAGAACCGGAAGAAGAGGGGAAAUAAGUAGUACAAUUGAGUCGAAAAGCUUGUCAUACUUGGGGAAGGUGAUUUCAGAGAGCAGUGAUUCGUAAAUAUAGAAAUUGGUGAACAAGAGUUUGUAAAUAUUGUUGCUUAUAAGUUGUAUUAAUAGUUUUUGGAGCAAAGGAGAAGCACAAGUCAAAAGUAAAAAAACAAAAAAAAAAAAAAAUUACAUUCUCCCUUGGAAAAUAAUUUUUUUUUUAUUUUUUUUAGAUACACUUUUUUAACAAAAAGAAAAAUAUUUGCUAUUAUCAACCGCAAGCAAAAAAGUUACUAUUUUGAUAAUUUGCUCUUAUGUCCGCUGUUAGUAACUGCAAACAUAAUUCUUACCUCAACUUUGGAUUGGAAAUACUUUUUUGAAAAUUAAUUUUCUACCAAGCAUAAUUUUUAAUUUUUUUAAUUAAAAACAUUUGCUUAUUUCAAAUAUUCUCUUAAUUUUCCUUCACAAGUUUAUACUUUUUAUUCUCCAAC